CAACACAUACCACAGCAUCAGAAAUCAUACAUCAAAUCAUGGAGUUGAACACUCCAACAUUCAUAGCUCUACUUUCCUCUGUCCUCUUCCUCUUGAUGUUUCUCAAAUUGCGACUAAUCUCAAAAUCCGUAACCAGUUUGUGUGUCUACUCACACAUCCCAGGUCCCAAAGCACUCCCUCUCAUCGGCCACCUGCAUAUGAUGCUACGCGCCACCGCGCCCCACCACAUGUUCAGAGAUCUCGCCGCCAAAUACGGGCCCCUGAUGCAUCUACAGCUGGGCGAACUUGACUUCAUCAUUGUCUCGUCGGUCGAUAUCGCGAACCAAGUGACGAAAACUCACGAUGUCAAGUUCGCCAACAGGCCCACGGGGCUGGUGCCGGAGUCGCUCAUGUAUAAUCUCAUCGACAUCGUCUUCUCUCCCUACGGCCACCACUGGCGCCAACUGCGGAAGAUCUGCACGCAGGAGCUCUUGAGCGCCCGACGCGUGCAAUCCUUCCGCCACAUAAGAGAGGAGGAGAGCAUCAACCUGUGCCAAUGGAUCGCCUCUCGCCAAGAAUCGCCGGCCAAUCUGUCGGAUAAGCUAUACCUGUCGUCGUACGAUGUUGUGACUAGGGCGGCGGUGAAGGCCAAAACUGAAGAGCGCGAGAUGGUGGUUGCGGUGUUCAUGGAAUCUCUCAAGUUAGGGUCGGGAUUCAUGUUGGCCGAUCUCUAUCCUUCCAUCAAAUUAUUACCGUUCAUCACAGGAGCCCACUUCAAAAUCCGACGGAUGCGUCGCAAAAUAGACAAGCUGCUUGAUGCCAUCAUUGCUCAACACAGAGUAGCAAACGCAAGCACCAACACCAACACCCACAUCCAUGAUGAUGAUAAAUUUGAAGAUUUUGUAGAUGUUCUCCUCAAAUUCGAACGAGAUGGGAGUCUAACUACCGACAACAUCAAAGCACUCCUAGUGGAUAUGUUCGUUGGAGGAACUGACACGUCAGCCACAACCAUAGAAUGGGCAAUGUCCGAGAUGAUAAGAAACCCUAGCAAACUCAACAAGGCUCAAGAAGAAGUAAGAAAGGUUUUCGACGACAAGGGAUACGUAGAUGAAGACAAGUUUGAUGAGCUGAAAUACCUGAAAUUAAUCAUCAAAGAGACACUGAGAUUGCACCCAGCAUUGCCGCUUUUAAUCCCGAGAAUGAGUUCCCAGAGAUGUGAAAUCAAUGGAUACGAAAUCCCAGCAGGAAGCAGAGUGAUCGUGCAUGGAUGGGCACUAGGAAGAGACCCCAAGUAUUGGAACGAUGCAGACAGGUUUACACCGGAAAGAUUCGAGGAAAGCUCCCAUGAUUUCCAAGGGAGCAAUAUGGAAUACAUACCCUUUGGGGCGGGAAGAAGAAUCUGUCCCGGCAUGCUGUUCGGGCUGGCCAACGUGGAGUUUCCGCUUGCUAUGCUUCUCUAUCAUUUCGAUUGGAAAAUGCCAAAUGGGAUGAAAGGUGAAGAAUUGGAUAUGACGGAGGCCUUUGGCGCCACUGUUAAUAGGAAACACCCUUUGUGUUUGAUUCCCAUUGUUAAGCGACCUUUGCCUGCGGCUCCUUAAUUGACUGGUUUAGGGAGUGUUCGCUUUAGGUGAUAAUGUAAUCAUAUAUAUAUAAUGUAAUCUA